AUGAACUCGCACUCGGAAUCUGAAGGGGAGGUUAUCGAGAAGAAGAUCGAGAAGGCAACUACGACACUGCCUUCGGCAAAUAGCAUCAACGUUGACCGUCAAUUCAGAAAUGCUUCAGCAUCGAGAUCAUCUAGUGCGUCAGUUGAUGAGCGCGCCGGGCGCUACCGAUCACGAUCGCCUUAUAGACAUCCCUCGCCCCGCGGAGAGAAGCGUCGCCGGGACGAUGACUUCUACGCUGACCGAGCAGACACGAGACGGUUCAAGGUGCAUUAUGAGGACAGACCGCGCCGGGACCGGGACCGAGACGAGAACCGCAGGCACCGCGUUUCAUACGCUGAUCUUGACCACGCCGAUAGCUCCCGUGGACCGACAAAGAACGACGAGCGUAAUGGGAAUGAUCGUUAUGGACAGAGACAGAGAUCCGGGCCGGGACAUCGUACCAGGAGCCGGUCUCCACCACGUUUCGGCCGCAGUGGGGACCACAACGGCCGCCUCGAAAGGCGUGAAGUAGAUCCGCGAAGAGAAGUCCCUUUUCGGAAGUCAUACGAUGGCCACGGCCGUGACGACGCUAGAUAUCGGCAGUCACAAGCACAAUCAGUGAGCGAAAGGGGAGGCAUUCCUUCCGACGCUCGCGUAUCAGGACUGAAUGCUGAAACUCGUCGUGGUACUCUACAACAGGACAGUGCAAACUCUCGUGCUACUGAAACUUCCAACAACAGCCGUCUUCCAGUUGACGGUAGACCGGGACCGGGAUGGAAGACAGAGACAGAGACAGAGACACGACAUGAUUCAGCCGACGAGCCGUUUACCGAACCUACGUUAAUCGACGAAGCAUCGCUGAUUGAGCAGCGACGGAGAAAACGCGAAGCCAUCAAAGCUAAGUACAUGGGCCAAGCCACCCCACUGCUUGUUCAAGCCUUGCAGCUAGGCAGCGACUCAGGAUCUGUAACCCCUAGGGUUGAAACUCCAGAACCGAGGCUGGAGCGAUCCGUUUCGCCUUUGAUGUCCCCGAUGACUCCGCAGCACGACUCUGUACCUAGUUCACCAGGUUUGAUCAUUAAGAACGAAAACGAUCUGGUGAACUCUACGCGCGCGCCAUCGAACACUGUUGAUGCAGACGAGCCAUCCGCAGCAGACUAUGAUCCAACUAUGGAUAUGCAAGAAGACAGAGCAAGAGUCGACCGGCGACACAAUGCACAAGAGCUCCCUGCGACUGCAUACGACGAAACGAAGCCAGACCACCGAAGCGUCCUCCUUCCAGAGUCUAUACUGGACCCACAGCCGACCGCAACACAGCCUAAGAGUGACUUUGAUAUAUUCGCUGAAGACGAUGACGAUGAUAUGUUUGCGCCGGAGCCAGCCAACCACGUCACCAGCAAGGAGCCAUCCAAGGCUGUGCCCAUUCCGCAAGCAAAGGAACUCGACAUGAGCUUGCUCGAUGAUUGGGACGAUCACGAAGGCUACUACAAGAUCAUCCUUGGCGAGCUCAUUGACGGCCGUUAUCAUGUGCAGACGAAUCUCGGCAAAGGCGUAUUUUCCGGUGUUGUUCGGGCUAUGGAUAGUAAGACCGAGAAAUUGGUUGCCAUCAAGAUCGUGCGGAACAACGAGACUAUGCGCAAAGCCGGUAUGAAGGAAAUUGAUAUCCUUCAAAAGCUCAUGCAGGCCGACCCAGAGGACAAGAAGCAUCUCAUCCGCCUCGAGCGGUCCUUCGACCACAAAGGCCAUCUUUGCAUGGUCUUCGAGAAUCUCAGCAUCAACCUUAGAGAGGUAUUAAAGAAGUUCGGCCGUGGUGUCGGUAUCAACCUCAAGGCCGUCAGAUCAUACGCGCAGCAGAUGUUCCUCGGGUUGAGCUUGCUGAAGAAGACCAACAUCCUCCAUGCCGACCUUAAGCCGGACAACGUUCUGGUCAACGAGACGCGCAACAUGCUCAAAAUCUGCGAUCUUGGAUCCGCUGCGGACGCUUCAGAAAAUGAAAUCACGUCCUAUCUUGUCAGCCGCUUCUAUAGAGCGCCUGAGAUCAUCCUUGGUAUGCCUUACGACUUUGCUAUCGAUACUUGGUCCGUUGGAUGCACGCUCUUCGAACUGUACACUGGCCAGAUCCUCUUCACUGGCAAAAGCAACAACCAGAUGUUGCGCUCGAUCAUGGAGUGUCGAGGCAAAUUCAGCCUGAAGAUGCUGAAGAAGGCCAACUACGCUGGGAUGCAUUUCGACAAUGACCUCAACUUUCGAAGCAUGGAGAAGGACAAGAUUACCGGCAAGGAUGUUGUUCGCAUGAUGACUAUACUUAAGCCUACACGCGAUCUGAAAUCUCGCUUGUUGAGCGCAACAAAAGGUCUCGAUGAUGUGGAGAUGAAGGAGCUGAACCUCUUCGCCGAUUUCCUCGAUAAGUGUCUGCAUCUGAACCCCGAGAAACGAUGCACUCCGAACGAAGCGCUCAAGCAUCCAUUCAUCAACCGGGCAAAGGUGUGA